AAUUAUUUCUAAAUAUGUCUACCAUUCCUUCUGCUACUUUAAAUACCGGUGCCAGUAUUCCUCUUGUCGGUUUGGGCACUUGGCAAUCCAAGCCUGAACAAGUAUACAACGCUGUUUUAGACGCCAUCAAGGCUGGUUAUCGUCAUAUUGAUACUGCUUUUAUUUAUGGUAAUGAAAAGGAAGUUGGACAAGCUAUCAAGGAUAGUGGUAUUCCUCGUGAAGAAUUAUUUAUUACCACCAAAUUAUGGAACAAUAGUCAUCGUGCUGAAGAUGUGCUCCCUGCUCUUGAAAAGUCCUUGGAAUUAUUACAAUUGGAUUAUCUUGAUUUAUAUUUGAUUCACUGGCCUGUUGCUUUCCAAUCUGGUGGUGAAAAUGUUCCCAAAGAUGCUGAUGGUAAAAUCAUUGUGACUGAUACUGAUUUUACUGAAACUUAUGCUGCUCUUGAAAAAUUGGAUAAAUCCAAGGUCCGUGCUAUUGGUGUUUCCAACUUCAACAUUGCUAAAUUGGAAAAGUUACUCAAGGUUGCCAAGGUCGUUCCUGCUGUCAAUCAAGUUGAACUUCAUCCUUAUUUGCCUCAAGAAGAUCUUGUUCAAUUCUGUCGCAAACACAACAUUCAUGUCACUGCUUAUUCCCCUCUUGGAAGUACCGAUUCUCCUUUAUUGAAGGAUGAGAAAGUGUUGGCCAUUGCUCAAAAGUAUAAUAAAUCAGCAGCUCAAAUUCUUCUUUCUUGGGGUGUUCAACGUGGUGUGUCUGUGAUUCCCAAAUCUGUCACUACUUCUCGUAUCAUUGAUAACUUGCAAAUUGUAUCUUUGGAUCAAGCUGACUUUGACACUUUGAAUCGUAUCCUUGGUGGUGAAAGCAAGCGUAUUGUUGAUCCUUUCAACUUUUGGGGUGUAGAUGUGUUUGAUCUUCAUCAAAAGUUAUAAAUGAUAUAGUUUAGAUUAUUGGUUGUUGUUGGUUUUUUUACGCUGACUAUAUUAUGAAAUAAAAAAAAAUUGGUUUAUUCC